AUGGCGGCGGCGGCGGCAGGGGUCCCGACGCUAUGGCGACGGCUGCUGGGGCUCCUGGGCGUCCGGCCCCGUUGGGCCGCGUUUUUGGGCCGCCUGUCGGACCGCAGGGGCCGGAGGAGGGAGGGGAGGUCGCCAUGGCUGCUGCUGGCUCCCCUGGUGUCCCCGACAGCGUCCCACGUGACCCCCCCACCCUGCAGCCUCUGCCCGGAGGGGACACACCGCUUCCAGUGGAUCCAGAACAUGGUCCCGGAGUUCGGCAUCUCCAGCUCUCACGUCAAGGUGUUGUCCUCCCCGACAGAGUUCUUCGAGCUCAUGAAGGAGCAGAUCACAUCAGCCAAGAGGCGCGUGGUGAUGGCUUCUCUGUACCUGGGCACUGGACCCCUGGAGCAGGAGCUGGUGGACUGCAUAGACAAGGCCCUUGAGAGAGCUCUGCAGCCAAGCUCGUCCUGCAGCCUCAGGGUCUCCAUCCUGCUGGACUUUACCAGGGGCUCAAGAGGCAGGCAGAACUCCCGCACGAUGCUGCUGCCCCUGCUGCGGCGCUUCCCCGAGCGGGUCCGCGUCUCCCUGUUCCACACGCCGCACCUGCGCGGGCUGCUCCGCCUCCUCGUCCCCGAGCGCUUCAACGAGACCAUCGGCCUGCAGCACAUCAAGGUGUACCUGUUCGACGGCAACGUCAUCCUGAGCGGGGCAAACCUGAGCGAUUCGUACUUCACCAACCGCCAGGACCGCUACGUGUUCCUGCAGGACUGCCCGGAGGUGGCCGACUUCUUCACGGACCUGGUGGAGGCGGUGGGGGACGUGUCCUUCCAGCUGCAGGGCGACGACAGCGUACGCAUGCUGGAGGGCGCGCUGCACCCCUACAAGGGUGACCGGAGGGCGUACUGCCAGGCGGCCCGCAGGAAGGUCAUGGACGUGAUCGAGGGAGCCAGGGCCCGGCAGCUGCGGCUGCACGCCCAGACGGCCCACGGGCCCGGGGAGCGGCCCCCGGCGCCCGACACCUGGAUCUACCCGCUGGUCCAGAUGAAGCCCUUCGGCAUCCGCAUCGACGAAGCGGUCACGGAGACGCUGCUGACCGAGCCCGAGCGCGGGGCCCGCCUCUUCCUCACCACCGGCUACUUCAACCUGACGCGGGCCUACAUGGAGCUGGUGCUGGGCGCCCGGGCCGACUACCGCAUCCUGCUGGCCUCGCCCGAGGUCAACGGCUUCUUCGGGGCCCGCGGGGUGGCCGGGGCCAUCCCCGCCGCCUACGUCUACAUCGAGCGCCAGUUCUACCGGCAGGUGUGCAGCCUGGGCCAGGAGGAGCGCGUCCGCCUGCAGGAGUAUCGGCGGAGCGGCUGGACCUUCCACGCCAAAGGCCUGUGGCUCUACCUGGCAGGGAGCAGCCUGCCCUGCCUCACGCUGAUUGGCUCUCCUAAUUUUGGGUACAGGUCGGUUCACCGGGACCUGGAGGCGCAGAUUGCCAUAGUGACCGAGAACCGCGCCCUCCAGCAGCAGCUCCACCAGGAGCAAGAGCAGCUGUACGGGCUGUCAGGGGCGGUGACGGCUGCCACGUUUGAGCAGCCGAGCCGCUGCGUGAAGCUGUGGGUGAAGUUGCUGACGCCGCUUAUCAAGAACUUCUUCUGAGGCGGCCGGGGGCCGCUCAGCCCGGGAUGGCUUUGAUGAACAGGACGGGCAUGCUCGGCGUCAGCUCCUUCAGCCGCGCCUCGGCGAUGACUCCCGUCUGGAUGUCCCAGCGAGCCCCUGCCGCGGAGGGAAGGAGGUGAGGGUGGGGGUGGAGGGGUCCCCUGCCCCCCUGGAGCAGCCAAACACUAAUGCUUCAUGGGACCUGGGGGGCCCAUCCUACCCUACGGGCCGAGGAGGACGGCCGCCUCUGUUUGUGCACUGACACAGUUAUGGAUAUAGAUAUAUAUAUUGUUAUUAUUGUUAUUAAAGGGAUUUGCCUUUAACCAAACCAUUGCUCUAUCCACACUCCGCCCCGCUACAAUGUUUCUCUCCUGUGCCCCAUCUGAAAUCCCGCAAUAAAGAUGGAGAAUGGCA